AUGCGUUCCUUCGCGCUGGCAUUACCAGCUUUGGUGACUGCCUACGUUGCUUACGCUCCUGCGGAAGGCUCGGGCGCGUUGAAGAAUGGUGCACUGCAGAACAUCCUAAAAAAUACGGAUAAGACCGAUAAAUACAGAUAUCCAACUGACUUUACACGCGGCAUAGAACCUAAACCCUUCCACAGCCACAACGACUAUUGGCGUGAUGUGCCCUUCUACAGUGGCCUUGCAGCUGGCGCCAUCUCUACCGAGGCAGAUGUCUGGUUGAUCGAGGGGAUACUUUAUACUAAUACCCUCCAGGUCGGUCAUGAGCCUAGCGCCUUGACCAAAGCACGCACUUUUGAGUCUCUCUACGUCAAGCCUAUACUCGACACCCUCCACCGCAUGAACCCAGAAUCGCCCUUCCUACCGGACGGCUCAUCCAACGGUGUUUUUGAUACGGCAUCCUUCCAGACGCUGUACCUCUUCGUCGACUUCAAAACAGCAGCGGACGAGCUCUGGCCCGCCGUCCUCCAGGCUCUGGAGCCUCUCCGCAACGGCUCCUGGCUCUCCACCUACGACGGAAAGUCGUUCAUCGAACGGCCAGUGACGGUGAUUGGCACAGGCAACACGGAGUUGUCAGACGUGCGCAACUACCUCCCCCGCGACGUCUUCCUCGACGCGCCGCUCGCCCACCUCGGCGACGCAAAGUACAAGGAUCUCACAUCCAACGAAGCCAUCAUUGCAAGCACGAACUUUGCUGCGCAGUUUGGGGAGUUGAGAAAGCCGGAGCUCAAUGAGACUCAGCUGGCUAAGCUGAGAGAGCAGAUUGAUGUGGCGCAUCAGAAGGGCAUCAAGGCGAGGUACUGGAACCAGCCGAAUUGGCCGGUCAGAACGCGGAACGCGAUUUGGAGGACGCUGUGGGAGGAGGGGAUCGAUCUGCUGAACGUGGACGAUUUGAAGGCUGCUGCGGAGUUCUGGGAGGGUGUGUAG